AUGCACUUUUCAAAGCUCCUCCUUCUCUCCGCGGCUACGCUCGCAGUUGCGCAUCCCGGUGAGAAGCACGAUCCGCAUGUACUGAAGCGCGAGAUCCACGCUCGUGAUGCUCUUGCUGCCCGGUCGAAGCGCGGCCUCGAUGCAUGCGCCACUAGUGAGCAUGCCAAGCGACUGCAGCAACGUAACGUCGCCCGCCGCGCCCGAACUGUCCGUGAGCUGCGCAGCGCCCGUGGCGUGACUACCAGUCCAAUGAAGUGGCGCCGUUCUUCUGAUGAUCUGGAGAAGUGGGAGGCCGUCAACCACAACAUGACCGGCUUGGUCGACUUUACUUCCGAAACGCCCGAAAGCUCGGUCUUCGGUGGCAACACCAGUGCCAUAUUGUCCCCCACGAUCACCGACGGGCCCUACUAUGUAUGGGGUGAAGUGCAGAGGAGCAACGUCAAGGAGGAUGAGUACUGUGACGGUGUUGAUGUGUACUUGGAGGUCCAAUACAUCGAUGUCAACACUUGCAAGCCAAUUCCAGGUGCCUUCGUCGAUAUCUGGAAUGCUAACGCCACUGGCGUGUACAGUGGUAUCUCCACUUCGGGCAACUAUGCUGCUGACGGCUGGGAUAGCACGUACCUGCGUGGUAUUCAGGAAUCGGAUCAGGACGGUGUUGUGGCCUUCCAGACCAUUUUCCCGGGUCACUAUGACGGCCGUGCCACUCACACUCACUUGUUGACUCACCUUAAUGCCUCCGUCCAUGAUAACAAUGGUACACUCGUUGUGGGAACCGGCAGUGUUGCACACAUCGGUCAGCUCUUCUGGAACGAGGUCCUGCGCUCCGCCGUCGAGGACACCUACCCUUACACCACCAACACCCAAGACAUCACUAGCAAUGCUGAUGACAUGUGGUCCAUUGAACAAGCCUCCAGCUCCUAUGACCCAUUCCCCGACUAUGUGUACCUUGGAAACGACCUGAAGGAUGGCCUCUUUGCCUGGAAGCAGAUUGGCAUCAACGCCAGUGCCGACUACACCGAUAACUCGUACUACAGCAUUGCUGCUUACUAUGACGAGAACGGUGGUCACCAGAACACUGACAGUGCUGCAUUCGGUGGUGGUUCUGGUAGCCAGGGUGGUAUGCCCUCUGGCUCUCCCUCCGGUGCCAUGCCUUCAGGCACUGCUAUCUAG